CUAUUUGAAUGGAAAAAGUGUAUCUAGAAUUACCUGAUGUCUGACAAUGUACCUUUUUGAUUCUUUAGCCCUGCCCAGAGUGAGUGGACUUUGGAAACCUAUGAGGAAUCCACCAGUGAAAUCCCUGUCCAGAGUGAACGGACAUCGGAAAACUAUGAGGAUUUCACCACUGGAAUAAAUGGCCUGACAGAAGUGAAAUCAGAUGGCUAUGAUUUCACUCACCAGUAAAUUCCCUGGCCAGAGUGAAUGGACAGCCCCGUCUACCGAAGAACUCUGCGAAGUGAUCACUUCUGUGACUGAAUUUAAACUGGACAUGGAUGAGGAAAUCACCAGCAAAUUCCCUGGCCAGAGUGAAUGGACAGCCCCAUCUACUGAGGGACUCUGCGAAGUGAUCACUUCUGUGACUGAAUUGAAAUCGGACAUGGAUGAGGAAAUCACCAGCAAAUUCCCUGGCCAGAGUGAACGGACAGCCCCAUCUACCGAAGAACUCUCCGAAGUGAUCACUUCCGUGACUGAAUUGAAACUGGACAUGGAUGAGGAAAUCACCAGCAAAUUCCCUGGCCAGAGUGAACGGACAGCCCCAUCUACCGAAGGACUCUCCGAAGUGAUCACUUCCGUGACUGAAUUGAAACUGGACAUGGAUGAGGAAAUCACCAGCAAAUUCCCUGGCCAGAGUGAACGGACAGCCCCAUCUACCGAAGGACUCUGCGAAGUGAUCACUUCCGUGACUGAAUUGAAACAGGACAUGGAUGAGGAAAUCACCAGCAAAUUUCCUGGCCAGAGUGAAUGGACAGCCCCAUCUACUGAAGGACUCUCCGAAGUGAUUACUACUACCAUGAGUGAAUUUACAUCGGGAACUUCUGAUGGAAUCUCCAAGGAAAUUAUAAUGGAACGACUCUCCAGGUUCCAUGAUGAAGAUACUGAAGACAGUCUCUUUCUCAAUUCAAAUGACAGCAUUAUUAGUAGAAUUUUGUACUCACUGGUAUCAUCACUCACGUUCAGAAUAUUUGGAAUUAUGCUCGUCUUUGUGGAUCUGUCUCUCAUCAUUACAGACCUGAUUGUCGCUAAUAGCACAACAUAUAUUCCUUUGGAAUAUCAUUCAAUUUCUUUAGCUAUUGCUUUAUUUUUUUUGACGGAUGUUCUUCUUCGAGCAUAUGUAGAAGGGAUAAAAUACUAUUUUUCUGAUGCACUUAACUUUUUGGAUGCUGUCAUUAUUGUAAUGACUCUAUUGAUUGAUAUUAUUUAUAUGUUUUUUGACUUUAAGUCUCUUCAAACUACCCCCAGAUUGACAAUUUUCUUUCGACCUCUACGACUUGUCAUUCUUGUAAGAGUUUUUCAUCUGGCUCAUCAAAAGAGACAUCUUGAACAGCUGGCCAGAAGGAUGGUUUCAGGAAACAAACGGCGGUACAGGAAGGAUGGAUUUGACCUAGACCUCACUUAUAUUACCGAGCGUAUCAUUGGCAUGUCAUUCCCAUCUUCAGGAAAGGAGUCUUUCUAUAGGAAUCCCAUUGAGGAAGUUGUGCGGUUCUUAGAUACCAAACAUCGAGAACACUAUCAAGUCUACAAACUAUGCAGUGAAAGAGCUUAUAAUCCUAUACAUGACAGGAUCCAGCGAAUCAAGAUUGAUGAUCACAAUGUCCCCAGUCUAAGUGAGAUGGUGGCAUUCGCCAAGGAAGUGGAUGAGUGGAUGUCUCAAGAUGACGAAAACAUCAUAGUGAUUCUCAAGAUGACGAAAUAUCGCACUGUAAGGGAGGCAAAGGGGUUUUUCAUAAAUAGUUUUGAUGAUAUUGAGAGUAGAUACGUUGGAUAUUUUGCAGAUGUGAAAAAUAUCUACAACAUGACUCUCCCUCCAAGAAAAACAGUCAAGAUUGAAAAAAUUGUUAUUCAUUCAAUUCAUGGUGUAGGAAAAGGCAAUGGCACUGAUCUCAAAAUACAAAUAGUAAUGCAGAGCCAGAUCAUCUUUUUCGGCUCUGCUUGCAAAAACUGUCAGGUAAGAGAUAGCAUGCAAACUGGAAAUUCUGGUGUUUGUUUCAAAUCUCAAUGUCAAACCAGCAUGUUCAGUGUUAGCAGUGUCCCAAGUGACUCUGCCUCCGAUGUCCUAUGGGACUGCACUGAGAGAAGUAACUCAAGAGUGGCCGGAAGGGGACAUAUAUACCUCUUUCCCCUAAGCGAUGGGACCUACUCCCUGAAGCAUCCCCUGAGUCUGCACCUUCUUUGGUAUUUUGCACAGACUCUCCUUAGUGUGGUGCCCCAACAUUGGCCAUCCCAGAUGUUACCAAGCCCUUCCACUUGUAUGUGCCAACUGAGGCACAGGAGAGGGACUAAGACUAACCCUGGUUGGCCUUCUGUGCUUGAAACAUGUUUCUUCUUUCCUAGGCUUUACCUUCCACGGAACCAACUGGAUAAUCCACAUAAAAAAAAAACCUGGAACAUCUACCGUGAGGACUUUGCAGUUGAACUUUAUUUUAAAGAAGUGGGAUAGUAGGAUCCUGUUCCCCACAAUCCCUGCCACACAUUUAGGUCUCCUAACCCUCCUUCCUUGCAUGUAUACUUACAGUACAUUUACCUACACAUUUUUGACACCUUAAGUAUAUACAUUAUAAAAGGUUAGUGGUCCUUUUUCUUUCCUGAAGGAGGUAUGCCAGGGUUGAGAGAACUACUGUUCCUGGGGACUGUGUGCCAAAGUUAAGAGUUUAAAAGAACUUUCAUAUCAAAAUAACAUUUAAAAUGAUUCCUCACAAUAUUGCGUGAGGUUUAUUAUGUAUUUUUGGGUAAGUAGUCCCUGCUUUCACAUGUGUAAUGUCAGAUUAAAGAGGUCAUUUCUAAGCUAUUUAACAAACCUCCGACUGGCACCAGUACGAGGCUUGAGCCCAUAGGACUGUUCCUAUAAACAGUCCCCGCUGAGCUUGUGAUACAAGCUUCAGUUACACAGGCAGUCCUUGGAGGACAAGAGAAUCUGGGUAAACAUAAGCAGACGUUACAGUAGAUUCUUUCUCUUUGUAACAUCACUGUGAAGUCAAAGGAAAUGUCUGCCUAGAGAAAUCUAGAUGAUUUUAAAGUACAGCCCCUGACACAGACUCUGCUCCCAGCCAAUUUCAUUUAAAUGUAGGGAACUCUGUGAAGAUCAUCUUUUCACUAUAAACACUGGUUAGUCCAGUGUCCACAGGGAAUCCUAUUCUCUUCAUUGCUGGAUGUUGUUUUAUUUUAAGUACCUUAACGUCAUUAUGUAUAUGUUUAUAUAUUUAUAUAUUAUAUAAAUAAAAUGUCCUUAUUUAUGAACAUGCCUGGAUGCAGGUGCUCUUUUUCCCUCCAAAUAGCCCUCAAAGGGUCUCAGCUACCAGUGCAACAGCCCAUCUAAAGGCUCUUUAGGAAAAGCUCUGACUACAUUACUUGCUAUAAUUCGUGUUACAGAAACACAUGUUGCCGCUAAACAGUUGUACUGUUCCCUUGAACAUGCAUGCAGCCAUAAGCCAGAGGGGCAGACCAGGUGGCAGACUUAGGUAAAUGGGGGUGGUGGUGGUGGUGGUGGUAGAUACUUAGCUGGCACUAAGGAAGAAAACCCCAAUACUCAAGACUUGCUUUUUGAAAGAAGAUUAUAGUUAGGGUUCCUCUUCCCUAACCCUCCAAGAUGCAUCCAAAUUCCUGGCCACUGAGUUGCUACACUCUUGUGCUUUUGCUCACAUAAAGAGAAUUUACAGGCUUGCCUCCUU